UCAGAAGUAGAGUGUGAGAACUGGAUGAUGCUGCAAGUGGCCUAAAAAACGCUUCAAAAUUUGGAGAUUCUACGAUGUCCAUCGUUCUGAAAACACGAGCCUUUUCUGCCCUCCUUAACAAGCAGUUACGAUUGUUGUUUGCUGCUUGCUUGCACAGCAAAACACAACUGGAAAGCGAGCACGUUCACCUCUUCGACAAGGUGUACUCUCGUGACGGCAUGACCAAUGUAACUACGAACAUUUUGUCCAAAGUCGGACGAAAAUUACACCUCUGCAAGAAUCACCCACUGAGCAUUUUAAGAGAAAAGAUCCAAGAGCACGUUUAUGCUGACUACAGAACUCGUUGGGGUGGUCCAAUGUUUACAAUGGUAGAUUACCUAUCUCCUGUUGUCACUGUGGAGCAGAACUUUGAUAGUUUACUUGUCCCUAAAGAUCAUGUUAGCCGCGCCAAGAAUGAUAACUACUACAUAAAUUCUGAGUACUUGCUUCGAGCUCACACAUCCGCGCAUCAAAGGGACUUGAUUAAGACAGGAUUGGAUGCAUUUCUUGUGACGGGGGAUGUGUACAGAAGGGAUGAAAUUGACAUGUGUCAUUAUCCUGUGUUUCAUCAGAUGGAAGGGGUCAGACUGUUUUCACAGCACGAGUUAUUUUCUCAAUACAAGGAUCCCCUGGAGAUUUUUGACCACAGCAAAAAUAAAACUCCAGAAAAACAAGCUGUGCACACACUGGAAGCAGUGAAGCUGGUUGAGUUCAGUCUCAAGCAAAUGCUUGUCCGGAUGGUCGAACACCUGUGUGGGGAGGGAGUGGAGAUGAGAUGGGUUGAUGCCUACUUUCCUUUCACUCACCCCUCCUGGGAAUUGGAAGUCAAAUUUGAAGGUGAUUGGUUGGAGCUUGUUGGCUGUGGAGUUAUGGAACAUGAUAUAUUGGUCAAUGGUGGUGCUGGGCAAAAGAUAGGCUGGGCAUUUGGUAUUGGACUCGAGCGUUUGGCUAUGAGGCUUUUCAACAUUCCUGACAUACGACUUUUCUGGAGUGAAGAUCCAAGGUUUCUCGCACAGUUUGAGGGAAACCAGAUUAUACAGUUCAAGCCAUUUAGCAAAUAUCCACCUACCUACAAGGAUGUUGCAUUUUGGCUCCCUGAAAACUUCUCUCCAAACAACCUAUUUGAUGUUGUACGAGGGGUGGCUGGUGAUAUCGUGGAAAAGGUAGAGCUUGUUGAUAAAUUCUCCCAUCCCGAGACAAAACGAGAGAGCCAUUGCUACAGAAUAACUUACCGAUCCAUGGACAAGACAUUCACAGACUCUGAAAUCAACAGCAUACAGGAUUCGGUUCGAGAGGAAAUUAAAAAAAGACUGCUUGUAGAACUAAGGUAGAUUUCUACAACGCCCUAACCCUCUGAGUGACUCACCAAAGUGGUUUCCAUUGGCAGAACUUUCUAGCAAACCUGUUAUGCUUGCUUGCAUAAACCAGUUAUUAACUGUAUCAAAAGUAAAUACAUCAACAAUAUUUUCUGAA